AUGAGCGUCGUCCAACAAGCACAAGCACCAGCAAGAAUUGCCACCAACGACAUGUAUCUAUCAAUGGAAGAAAUGUAUUUUUCGCCUCACCAUGCUUUGGAACAGCAUCAGCAACAACAGCAACAACAACAACAACACAAACCAGUAGCAACCUCUCUGCACCAACCGCAAGAUAUCAUGGGAGGAGACGCUGCUGCGCGGUCUUCCUUUCCUGAAAAGCUUCACGGCCUCAUCAUGGACGCAGAGACCAUGGGAUUCCAAGAUGUUGUGAGUUGGCAAGACAGUGGAAAGUCCUUCAAGGUCCACAAGCCACAAAUCUUUCAAAAUGAUAUCAUUCCCAAGUAUUUCAAGCCAAUCAAGUACACCUCCUUUCAGAGACAGCUCUCCAUCUAUGGAUUCCAACGCAUUCGCACUGGCUGGAACACGGGAGGCUACGAGCAUCCUUACUUUACUCGCGAGAAUCCAACCACUUGCAAGAAUAUUCGCCGCCACCAGAAGCCUACCAUCUUUGCCUCCAAGCCAACCGCUGUGAUCCCUGUCCCAGUCGCUUCUACCUCCUCUCCACCCCUAUAUGCUCGCUCUCAGUCUCCCAUGACUAGCAUCGAUGAGGAUUUGUUCAACAUGUACGGAGAAGAUGUGGACCCCAUUGAUGCUGCUUUGGCUCAAAUGAAGAAUGAGAUCAACAUUGAGCACCAUGAUUUCGAGCCUCUUCCUCUCGGAAGUACUUGUCUUCCACGUGUCUCUUCUCACAACAGCAUGAUGAUGAUGAAUCAUCAUCAUCAUCCUGCUGCUGCUGCACAACAUCCACAAUCGCAUCAUGCUGGUCAUCAUCAAGCCCAUUACCAUAAUGAUGAUCAGUUCAUGUUGGACAAGUUGCAAAGCGUCUUUCAAGAAGACAUGCUUCAUGAACAUCAUCAUCAUCACCAUGGAACCUGUGCCCCUGCCAAUGUCAUUGAGAAUCCACUCAAGGCUGUGGAAACUCAAGCCGUUGCCCAACAAACUAACAACAAUAACAACAACAAGGGUGCCUUUUUCCCUGCCAAGUUGCACCAAUUGUUGGACGAUGCCGAACGUAUGAACUUUCGACACAUUGUUUCUUGGGUGGACAAUGGACGUGCCUUUCAAAUUCACGAUCAAAAGGAAUUUGUGGGCAAGAUCAUGUCCAUCUACUUUGAUCAAUCCAAAUUUGCGUCCUUCCGCAGACAGCUCAAUUUGUAUGGAUUCAACCGAACAAGAACCAACAACAACAAGAACAUGUACUUUCAUGAAAACUUUGUGCAAGGAAACUCUGAGUUGUGCGAACAAAUGGUCCGACGUUGUUCGGGUGGGGCCUCUAACCCCAAACCAACCCCGACUGUUGCUUCGUUUGCUGCCUAA